GCUCGCUCAGUCAUGGGCUCUGCCUGGGUCCAAGGCUACCUGAGAGGUCAUCUCUGGCUGCCCCUAUUCUGUGUCAUCUUUUCCCAGGCCUGCUGCUCUCAUGCUCCACCAGGAUGGCGCUUCACUUCCUCUGAAGUUGUGGUUCCCAGGAAGGUGUCCCACCAGUGGAGUGGAGCCCAGGCCCAAGGCCGGCUGUCCUACAGGUUGGUGUUCAGGGGCCAAAGGCACGUGCUGCACAUGAAGAUCAAAAGGAACAUCAUGCCCAGACAUUUUCCUGUGCUCACCAACAAUGAUCAGGGUGCCAUGCAGGAGGACUACCCCUUUGUUCCUCGAGACUGCUACUACUACAGCUACCUGGAGGGGGUUCCUGGCUCCACGGGCACACUGGACACCUGCUACGGGGGUCUGCGUGGCAUGCUGCAGGUGGAUGACUUCACUUAUGAGAUCAAACCACUGGAGGCUUCUUCCAGAUUUGAACAUUUGAUUUCUCUGCUUGUAAUGGAGGAACCAUCGGGGAUUGAGGGCUGUGACAUUGGAGAGAGAAACCAUCAAGCCUAUGAAGAGGCCAUGCCUCCUAUAAUUCCUAGAGCAGGUCCUGUUUAUUUGUGGUGGCCACAUACAAAAUACUUAAAAAUUCAUUACACAGUUGCUAACUCAUUGGUAGAUGCUAACAGAAAUCUCACAGGCAUAGUGGAGAAUAUAGUUAUUCUAAACAGCAUAGCACACACCGUUUUAAUUAAAGCUUUUUUAAGUGUGCAUAUACGCAUUUUAUGCAUCUGGGAUAGAGCGAAUAUGUUUAACUAUCGAGCUAAACGUGAUAUAACACAAUCUAUGUCUGAAUUUGGUCUUUGGAAAGUUCGUGCAGUGUUUCAUCACUUUACACAUGAUGGAUCAGUCCUUUUAACAGGUGAUAAGAUCUAUCGACAAGACUAUUUUGCUUUUCCAAAUACAGUAUGCAAUCCCAACUGGGCAGUAGGAUAUGUAUAUCUAGCAAGGAAACACAUAUUUUUAGGUGCACUUCUUACAGCACAUGCAGUAUGUCACAUUAUUGGCUGUGCUCAUGAUUCUUCUAGUUGCCAUUGUUUUAGAAGAACUAGCUGUAUCAUGUCUCCAGAACCUGGUCUUCAUGACAUGGUGAGCAAUUGUACAUUUCAAACCAUACAGACUCGUUUCUUUGGUUGGGAUACUUGUUUGUCUGUACGGAAUGUCCCAUAUUACAAUUUUCCUUAUGAAACACUUCGCUGUGGAGAUAAGAUCAUAAACCAAAGAGAAGAAUGUGACUGUGGCUCCUUAAAGGAGUGCGCCAGGGAUCCAUGUUGUGAGACCACUUGUGCCCUCAGUGUUGGCAGUGUCUGUGAUGAAGGAGGUUGCUGCAAAAACUGCAAAUAUGCUGCCCCUGGGGUGAUAUGUAGGGAUAAACUUGGUAUUUGUGACCUGCCGGAAUACUGUGAUGGGAAAAAGGCCACUUGCCCACAGGAUGUGCAUACCCAGGAUGGAACCCCUUGUUCACCAUUAGCCGUUUGCAUGCAUGGAAACUGUAGUGACCGAGAUAUGCAAUGCCAGUCUCUCUUUGGCUACAAGAUAAAAGAUGCUUCACCAGCCUGCUACAAACAAUUGAAUAAGAGGGGCGACAGAUUUGGCAACUGUGGUGUCAAAUAUCAUCGUGGUGGAGACAGACCCUUACCCUGUGAAGAAGAGGAUGUUUUCUGUGGAAUGCUGCACUGUGCUAAUGUUAGAGAAGUUCCUGGUGCAGGUGAGCACACUACCUUUCAUCACAUAAAAGUCAAACAUGUUAAAGAAGAAAACUGCUUUGGAUUUGAUGCACACUUUGGGGCUCACGUGCCAGAAAUGGGACUUGUGGUGGAUGGAGCAACAUGUGGGCCAGGAAGUUACUGUAAGAAUCAGAACUGCACCUUCUUUCAAGAUUUGAAUUUUGACUGUGAUAUCAAGACAUGCAACUUCAGGGGCGUGUGCAACAGCCUGAAGCACUGUCAUUGUCUGAAAGGCUGGAAACCGCCAUCUUGUGCAGAGAGGGGGAUUGGUGGCAGUAUAGACAGCGGCCCCCCACCUAGCAAAGAGUAUCGUGUCCGUGGUGCUGUGGUUCCUGUCCUAAAUCUGGCUUUAGUUAUAAUGUCUGUGCGUUUCAUUCUUUUAGUUCUUGUGAUAAUUAUAGGAUUUUUUUCACAAGUACAUGUAGAGCCAGAUAUAAUCCUAAAACCACUACAAGAUUUAAAAUAUCUACAAUAGUUAUCAAUGAAAGAGAGGCCUUGACAACAAGUGAAGAAUAAGAGAAAAUCAUGAACCGGAGAAUGUCUCAUUGGCACCUCUAGUGAAGAUGUGAUGGGAGAUCAUUGUGAUAAUUCCAUAUCCUCCA